AUGGCUCCCUCGCUCACCCUCUCCUCCUCGACUCCUGCCGGACGAGCUGCGACCCUCAUCAACGAGGUCUACGGCCAGUACGUGCCCGACUUAACCGUCCAGCAGGGCGACAAGGUCUCCCUCUCGACCGGUUCUUCGGAGGUCACCUCGCUUGCAGACGUCGCUUCCCAGCUCUUCGAGGCGGCAGGGAAGACGAAUGAUGCACUCGGUGCCUUGGAGGAGCAGCAGACGCAGGCAAAGAACUGGCUGAAGAAGGUCGAGGAGCUCGACGUCGAGAAGCCGGAGGAGCUCAAGGCUGUCGAUGCUGAGCUCACCUCAAAGACGUACGUUGCGGGCGAGACUUUCACUGCGGGCGACUUGGGCAUCUUUGCAGCCGUCCACCCGUACAUGGCCCAGGCUUCCCACUCGACCCUCCUCUCUCACCCCGCUCUCACCCGUCACUUCGACCACAUCCAGCACCUCCCACUCGUCUCGACCGCCCUCGCCCGCUCCGCCACCUUCUCUCCAUCCGUCGUCUCCAUCGACGUCAACAACGUCCCCGUCGUCGAGAUCAAGCCCGAUGCGAAGGUGAAGAAGCCCAAGGCUGGCGAGGCUGCCGCCCCUGCUCCGGCUGCUGAGGUCAAACAGGCGCCGGUCGAGAAGAUUAAGAGUGACAAGGUCAAGGGCGAACAGAAGGCCAAGGCUGCGGCGCCGGGAGAGGGCGAGAAGAAGCCCAAGGGUGAGAAGAAGGAGAAGUCGCCCAAGGAGAAGAAGCCCGCUGCGCCUGCGCCGGUCGCUGAGGCACCUGCGCCUUGGAUGGUCGAUCUCCGUGUCGGCAAGAUCGUUGACGUCAAGGUCCACCCGGACGCCGACUCGCUCUACGUCGAGCAAAUUGACGUUGGCGAAGCCGAGCCCCGUACGGUCGUCUCGGGUCUCGUCAAGUACAAGACCCUCGACGAGAUGUGCAACGCUACCCUCAUCACUGUCUGCAACCUGAAGCCCGCAAGCAUGCGCGGUGUCAAGUCGUUCGCCAUGGUCCUCUGCGCCACCUCGCCCGACGGCAAGGACGGCGGCGUCGAGUUCGUCAACCCUCCCGCAGGCUCUCAGCCAGGCGACCGCGUCUACUUCGAAGGCUUCGCCGACAAGCAACCUCUCGACCUGCUCAACCCGAAGAAGAAGAUCUUCGAGACUGUCCAGCCCGGGUUCACCACGCUCGAGAACAAGGAUGCGGCGUGGGUCGACAAGGAGUCGGGCAAGGUGCACAAGAUUGUUACGGACAAGGGUGUUUGCGCUGCGCCGAACUUUGUUGGCGCGAGUCUGUCGUAG